AUGGGUAAAGAAGAGAUGAUAAAGGGUGUGUUGUACGUUGUCAAUGUGUUAUACGCGGUGUUCGGUUUAGUUACAGCUGCAACGGGAAUAUGGUUUUUCGUGCAGCUAUCCGAAUUUGUCGCGUUGCGAAACAGCAAUCACUAUUUACUGGAUUAUAGAGUAUACUGGCCCCAAGUUGCGCCAUGGCUAUUUAUUUUGCUCGGACUGUUUGUCAUGAUGGUGGCCUUCUGCGGGUGGUGUGGCGCUAGCAAGGAAAGCAGAGGAUUACUAGGAAUAUACGGUAUAUUCCUCUGCUUAAUCGUCCUCGGACAAGUCAUAGCUGCUACCCUGAUCUUCGUCUACGUCGAUGGAGAGCACACAGACCGCUUCAUAAAGGAUACAGUGUAUGACGGCUACUACAACUCCCAAUCGAAUCCCGACGUGUUCAAGGCGUUCGGGAGGAUCGAAAGGAAGUUGAGGUGCUGUGGUGCGAACGACGCUCGUGAUUACAGAAGUUGGAGAAACGACCUACCCUUGACGUGCUGCCAGGAUAGUUAUUAUAGAGCGACCUGUGAGUUCACGGACAAGGAAGCGAACGAACGAUUGGGAUGUGCUAAAGUUGCCGCUGUGUACACCAAGAUCAUCAGCUCGUCGGUAGCUGGAGCGUCUCUGCUCAUAUCAUUAGUGGAAAUAGCUGGUGUGAUACUGGCAUGGAGGCUGUUCAAAUCUUUAAGAGAAGUAGAGCACUACUUACCUGAGAGGAAGGAAGGUGAGACGGAGUGCUAA